GCUCGCUCGCGCGCGCUCUCCUGUCUGUCAGUGCCGCUGCAGCAUUAAUAAUCCUCCUCUAAACACUCCAUCAUACACGCCGAAAUAAACUGCCCGGAGCUCUAAGUAUAUAUCAAACGCUGCGUGUCCUAAGGGCACAGCUGCAGGCACAGUAAAACAUUUGCAGGAAUGAUACUGGACAGCUGCCAGACACCAAAAUCUUGGUGCAUAGCCUGCACAUGGAGAAAAAGCGACGCUGAUAGGUGGUCUACCCCGAGGAGCCUUCAGUAAACAGCCUGAUGGACGAGGAGACAUCGUCGCGCUGUUUACACUGAAACGCGCUAAACGCAGAACAGAGACGAGCGGAAAUGUUUCCCAGCAUCUGUUUCUUAAUCCGACGCAUCUGAAGUGAGGCAGAGAUGACGCGGCGAGCGCGCUGUGUUUCAUGAUGCAUCGGAGCACCCUCAUGCCUAAUUUUCUUUUAUGAAGCGAUUAUUUUUAUUUAUUUCAUGUACAAUCGCUGUGUCCUGCAGAAAAUCUGAAGCCUUAUGAGGAGGAUGAAAGCGUCGGUAUUUGUCGCGGUCAUGUCCUCGGUUUUAUUUAAUCCCAGUUUUGCCUUCAGUUCGCAUUUCGACCCAGGUGGCUCCCCGCUGAGUGAGCUGUCAUGGCCGUCUUCUCUGGCGGUGGUUGCUGUCUCUUUCUCUGGCCUCUUCACGUUUGUCUUCCUCAUGCUGGCCUGCCUGUGCUGCAAGAAAGGGGACAUCAGUUUCAAGGAGUUUGAAAAUACUGAGGGGGAAGAGGGCCAAGCUGACCUUUCGACUUUAGCCUCCCCCAGCUCUCAGAACGACCCAGAGGUUUAUAUCCUGCCCCUCACGGAGGUCUCACUACCUGUGUCCAAACAGCCCAGCAAGUCAUUUCAGCUGCUGAAAUCUACAGAUCUCGGACGCCAUAGCCUCCUCUACAUCAAAGAAAUGGGACAUGGCUGGUUUGGCAAGGUUUUGCUGGGGGAGGUGAAUGCUGGACUCAGUACCACACAGGUGGUGGUUAAGGAGCUAAAGGCCAGUGCCAGUGUACAGGAACAGAUGCAGUUCCUGGAAGAGGUCCAGCCUUACUGGGUGCUCCAGCAUCCAGCCCUCUUGCAGUGUCUGUCCCAGUGUUCAGAAGUCACACCCUACCUGCUGGUUAUGGAGCACUGCCCUCUGGGAGAUGUUAAAGGAUACCUCCGUAGCUGUCGGGCGGCAGACUCGAUGACCCCUGACCCUUUGAUCCUUCAGCGGAUGGCAUGCGAGAUUGCUUCUGGUCUUCUGUACCUUCACAAACACAAUUACAUUCACAGUGACCUGGCCCUAAGGAACUGCCUUUUGACCUCAGAGCUGGCAGUGAAAAUUGGAGACUAUGGCCUCAGCCACAACAAGUACAAGGAUGACUAUUAUGUGACAGCAGAUCAAAUAUGGGUUCCUCUACGCUGGAUUGCACCAGAACUUAUUGAUGAAGUCCACGGCAAUCUUUUAGUAGUGGACCAAACCAAGGCCAGCAACGUCUGGUCACUAGGUGUGACGAUAUGGGAGUUGUUUGAACUGGGUAACCAGCCUUACAGGCACUAUUCUGAUAGGCAGGUUUUAACAUAUGCUGUAAAGGAACAGCAGCUCAAACUGCCAAAGCCCCUGCUGAAAGUGCCUCUGUGUGAACGCUGGUAUGAGGUAAUGCAGUUCUGUUGGCUGCAGCCUGAGCAGAGGCCUGUUGUGGAGGAAGUCCAUCUACUGCUAAGCUACCUGUGUGCUAAGGGUGCAAAUGAGGCUGAAGAGGACUUUGAGAAGCGCUGGAACUCACUCAGGCCAAGUCUGGGCUCCAGCAGCUCUCACAGGACACCUGCGCCUGAAGUAUCCUCGUCUACUUCUUCUUCAUUUCCUCUACUUGAACACUUCUCAAUGGCAGACAGCUUCCAGUCUGAGAAUGGGGAUGAUAUAUUGACAGUAACUGAGACCAGCCAGGGGCUCAACUUUGAGUAUAAAUGGGAGCAAGCGCGAGCUGAGCAGCCCUACUGCUCCUCUUCAGCUAGUGGACCAUUGGGAAAGAAUAAUCCCCAUUACCAGGAUGUGUAUUACCCUCUUAGCAAUUCCACAGGUAGCUGCAAAGGUGAGAGCCUCCCUCUUGGGGUUUCUCCAUCCUACUAUGAGUCCGACCAUCCAGGUGUGGUUCCAGUGCUAAGUGCACACAGCCCCUCAGUAAGUAGUGAGUACUACAUCCGCAUCGAGGAGCCAGUUGAGUGCAACAUCAACUUAGAAGACACCAAUCUUGAUUACAGCCCAAGACUUGAAGCCAGCAACAGUAGCUUGUCCUCUACAGGCAGGAGGAGCCCCAUUGGCUCUCAGCCAAAUACUUACUGGUCAGCAGCUAAAGAACCCAUCGGUAAUGAUUAUGAUUCAGAUAGUAGCCUAACCAUGGAGCCACUCCAGAGAAGAGUUCCAAGCUCGGUAGAGAUAGACCAGUCAGAAGUUUAUUUUUCUUCCAAUGACAGGCACAAUUUACAGUGUGAACAGUCACCUCAAGCAGGGCCAGAUGUUAAUUUGGUAAGAGGGCAUGGUUCAGACUCUAAUCAGCAGAGAAGAGGGUCAGGAAGCCUCUGCCAUAGACUGGAGGUGGUAAAGGAAAGCCCACUUGGAGUUUCAGUCUCUCUUAGUAGUCCCAGCUUGGCACAUUGUGACCCAUACCUCGAGUCUAAUCAGAGAACUGUUGAAAGAAGUAUGGCAAAUGAGGCCUAUUAUGACAUGAUGGGCCCCUUACAAAAGAAUGUGCCCAGACCCCACUACAUGAGCAUUGAUAUUGAUGCUGGUGAUGGUCUUCUUUUGGGCAGGGGGAGUGCUGAUCCAGAAGAUGAUGAAGAUUUGUUUUCUCAGAACAUGUUAACUAACUGGAACUCUAACCACUCAGCAAACAACAACAGUUUAAGCGAUCGAACACAACCUGUGGGUUUCCAAGACGCAUACCUUGAUUUGCGUCACCCUACACCCUCUUCUCAAGUCGGGAAUUUGAAAUCAAGAGCGUUGGAAACAAGCAACAGUUGUACAUAUAAUUCCAUCGAUGCUCUCAAAGACCAUUCUUCAUACAUGGAAGCCACGGAAAGUACACCUACCGCAAGUAAUUCUCACGUUGACUUGGAGGGUGGUGAAUACCUUCAUUUAAGCCCUGAAAAUACUCAGGAUGUUGAAUCAUCUUCCAAAUGUCAUUCUGUCACAGAAAGUCAGCAUAUUCAUACAUGGCAGAAGAGCACUGCUCAUAAACAUACUAAAAACAAUACAUCAGACUUCCAUGUAGGAGGCUGCAGCAGAAUGAAUCCAUCAACUCUUCCAUCGGUGCUGGUAGUGACUAAAGAAAAUGUGUUACUUGAAACAAGGAUAUCCCCUGUACAAAAACUUAAACUUGGGACAGACGGUUCUGCUGGAGUGUGUGUAAAAAUGGUGUCAUGCCCUACGGAUCUGUCUAAGACUGUCUCAGAGUGUAACCAUUUGACAGACAGCAGGAUAGUGCCCGACAACUCCACUAUCAGUUUGAUGGAAAUUAAUGAUUGCAGUGAUGACAGCAUGAAUAUCCCCUCUGGAGUAUUAGCAGAUUAUCCCUUGGACUAUGCAGAGGUGGGCAAUAUUGACCUAACUCACAGAACACUGCAGAGAGAGACUAGGUCAAGACACUGCGAGGAAACAAUUAAUCUCGCCUCUAGCAGCAGUCCUUGUGAGGCCUUCAGCCCUGAUAGUUACAACACACCCAUUCAGCCGAAAUCCUUAGACAGUGGCUAUGACACAGAGAAUAAUGAAUCCCCAGAGUUUAUCUUGAAAGACCUUGAAGGGAAUCCAGCUCUUAGCACUAGUGUAGAAUCAGAUGAGUGUGACAUGUUGCUCCAGAUGGACCUAGAUGAAGAUGUUGAUGUAAUGCUCCUGCAUCCAUCCGUCAGUCAUCUACCGCUGAUCAGCCAUGGUGAGAGGAAUCAGUACAGAGACUCUGCUUAUUUUUCUGACUAUGACAUGGAGAAUGACAAAAGCCCCAGUGAAGGGGUCCACAUGUUCUUCAGUCGCCAAGAUGAGGAUGAUGUCUUUGACCUCAAAGCAGAAAAGGAGGGCUCCAAAAAGACAUUCGGAAGAGAAGGACAUAGCAUGGAGAGUGAGAAGAGAUAUGACAUAUCUGUGCCAAAGGACAACAGUGCUGCCCUUAAUGCUAAACAAUUGUAUCUUAAAAAGACAAACCCAAAUCUGUGUCCAUCACCUGCACUGGUUCCAAUGAUUUCUAUGCUUUCUCCCUUCCCUCCAGAGAUGGGGGGUUGCUUGACCAAGGAGUCGACUCCAGAUGAUGGUAUUGGGCUGGAAUCUGAUCACUCCGGAGAGGAUCCAAACUCUGAAUGCUACUCUUCCACAGUGUCUGAAGGUUCUUCCUCAACACAGGAGGCCUCAGGUGUGGAGGAGCAGGCUAACGGAGACACCAGAGAUUUUUCCUCAGCAGAGUCACUAGGCUCAGACUCUACCAUAGUAGAGUUCAGUGCAGAGAUAAUCCAAGAAGAGAAACAAGAGGCCUGCAACAAAGUGGACAAUCCGGAGCUUCCAAGGGAAGGAAAUGAGGAAAAAGAAAAUUCAGUGAAAGAGGGUGGCAUAGAUUCAGCACUUUCACAACCAAAGCAGGAUGAAUCCUUGGAGAAAAUUCUUCCAGCCUUGCCAGAAGACCUAGAUGUUCCAGCUCCACUGGGGAACGGAGAGGAGGCAGAUGAGGAGGAUUCAGAGGAUAGCGAUGAGUCUGAUGAAGAACUUCGUAGCUACAACGUACAGGAGCAAAGUGAUGAGAGUGAUGAAGAGCUCCCUGUGGUGCCUGUCAUUGUGAGCGACCGUAGCAGUGCACGACAUCUACGCAGCCUCCUCAAAAUGCCCUCGAUACUUACACAGUCUUUCUGUGAUGAGCUGGAGAGCAAGAAAAAAGCGGUGUCAUUCUUUGACGAUGUCACUGUGUUUCUGUUUGAUCAGGAGAGCCCCACAGGUGAACUCGGGGACUACAGUUUUCCUGUGGAGGCAGAAUCCAAUGGCCAGGCUUCAGAGGUGGAGCUGCCACGGCUCCAGGAUAGGGUCACUGCUCCUGAGGAUUCACCAGGAAUGAAUGCCUCUGAAGAAAGUGGGGCAUUUCAGUGGCAAGAUGAUUUCCCGUUGAUGCAAAGCCCUUCAACAUCAGAACAAGACUCUGAAGAGAUUGCUACACCACCCAACUCUCCCGUCAAGUCUCCAGAUGAAAAACCAGCACCUCCGCUUUCCCGAUUUAGUGUCUCUCGUUUCUCCAUUACACAUGUGUCUGACUCUGACAUGGACUCCAUUGGAGGUAACAGUGAGAACGAAGCCCAGGAGUGAAGGGGUCAUUACCCCAUUUAAUUGAAGAGGUGUUUAGAACCCGUAUGGUUUGAUUUGGUCCCAUCAGACUGUGGGCUCUCCUGUAUCGCUAUAUAUUUGUUCUUUUAAACGUGCUGGACAAAAGGGUCCUGUCAACCUGAUAUGCUGUUUGGACACAGUGCCUCAUAUUGUAGUGGAUUAGCCAGCCCCUCCCUUGUGUUCCUAGACAGAUGGUGGUUGAGUGACAGUUUUUUCCAAGGACAACAGUUACAAGAACAGAAAAAGAGAUCUGUAUAACACAACAUAUUUAUUAUCUAUGUAUUAGAACAUGAGGUAUGAAGAUUAUAACUUAUUUGCACAAUAUCAUGCUGAAAUCAUCCUUUUUUACACAUUACUUGUAGGAAACAAUAUAGAUACAAGGCUGCUCUCCUCAUUUGCUUGUCAUGCCCCAUAUUGUCAAUAUGUGGUUUAGAGUCUGAAAGAUCUGUCAUAGUGCUUUACAUUUUUCAGGUUGACCCAAUGAGCUGCAUAAAAAUAGAGUGACAAGAUGUUCUGCCCUCAUGAACGACCCGCAUUUAUUAAUGAGGGUGCAAAAAAAUUCUAUAAUCUGAGCCCCUCAUUACAAGCUGCUUUUCUAUAUUUGACCACUUUUAACAAAACUUUAGCUCAGGGGUGUUAAGGGUAUGGUACAAAAGUAGAUCAUAUUAACAAUAUAAACCAUCUUCGUAAGUCUUCAACAGUGUUUUGCUUUUUUUUUUUUUUUUAAUUUCGAAGAAAUUUCAUACAACGACCUGCACUUUCAUUAGUGACUUUAUACGUCUCUUAUCCUAUAAUCAAGCACUUCAUCAAAAUCAAGAUUUUAUUUACAUCUUAUUAAAAGUGCAGUUUAAUCAAUAUAUCGUUAAUACUUCUUCUCUGGUUAGAUCUCUAAUAUCCAAAAUAUUUUACAGAUGACAAUGUAUUACAGUACUUGUUUGCGCUGAGAAGCAAUGACAGUAUUGCUGGAGAAUAGAUAGGUUUUCCUAGCAUGCAUAUACAGUAUAUGACAGCUCACAUAUGGGUCAUUCCUGUUAUGCAGCAACUUAGUCUUUCAGAAAUAUCAGGCACUUAAACACUUUAAAAAAGCUCAUGUGCUAUAUUCUGAGUGCUCCCAGUACCUUUGUGUGAAAAAUAGAAGAUUUUAAGUUGUUAUUUACAAAGAUACAUCCAAACAUUGACAUUGCACAAUCAAAAUGCUUCUUGACUGCAACUUUUGAGUGUUUAAAUGAGUGCAAGAUUUCACUUUUAUGGUUAUAUGAUUAUAAUAACAAUUUAAAUUUCAGCCUGUUCUUCACAUAAAGCUACCGUAUGACUUCUGAGGAAUUAAAUAAGCUACAUUUAUGAUACAUUUUUGGUGCUUCUGCCAUAUUUGGAGCUGUAGCUCAGACAUUCAAUUAUUUGUGUUCCAAAACUUGAAUUCAAUAUAUCAUCCAGUAUGACAGUAUAUAACAGGUGCAUGAAAAUGCACAGCAUAAGAGGAAUGACCUUGAUGGUACUGAUGGUGAUAAGUUUGAUGGUGCUUGUCAGGAUGAGAAUUUAGUCCAUUACAG